UCAAUUAAGUUUUACGAGAAAAUGCUCAAGAUAUAAGGGGAGACAAUUUGCCGCAGAGUUCAUCAUCGGCCCUCAAACCAUGAAGUGGAUCACGUUGUUCCUGUUCUAUUUGCACUCCUUGCAGUGUCAAGCCAACGAUCAUGCAACCGCCACAAUCAACCACAGACAGUUCUCGUCACAGGUCCACCUCGACGCUGCCACCGGGUUGCCAACGCUGCACAAAUCCGACUGCGAGUGUCUCACCAAAAUUCACCUCGUGACCACCCGCACCGCCGUGGAACCCCAGCAAGUCCCGCCUCUCGGAUUGUGCCGCUGCCAGGAGUGCGAAGCGCACGAGCUUGACGAGCAGGGAAACCCCAAAUUCAACUGCCACGAGCGUCACGUGCCGGAAAAGCUCGUUAUGCGACGAUUGAACCGACACAAGCGGGCCUUCAGCUGGGAGGACAUUAUCGGGAAGAUUUCGCUGAUGGGAAGCAUCGACAAUCAGUACAGCAAGAAGACGCAAGGGUACUUCCACUACAAUUACGGAACUUCGGACAGUCCGGGUGAGGUAGGGGUGAAGCCUACGACGGCUAAGCCAACUACGACGACGACUAAGCUGCCGGAGACGACCCCGCCGGAGUAGUGGAAAUUUAUGGCGGAGCAGAAACAAUGAAACAUUAAACUAGCAAUGUGUUCUAUUUUAAGUAUGGCGAUAAAAAAUAAAGUGGUUUAAUGGUGUGAAA